AUGAAUCUGGCUUUGUACGACUCCGCCGAGGGCAGCGCCGACUUUGAGGAACCGGACGUCGUCACGGCCUCCGUGGGCCCCCCGGACCGCCGGUCCGCGACUUCACACUUCCUGGUCCAGAUGGUGGACUUCCUGCGGGACCACAUGUUCUCGGUCCUGGCGGCGGUCUCCCUGCUCCUGAUUCUGGCCCUCGCCGCGUGCGCCGUCGUUUUUCUGACGCGGCGUCGUCGAGGCAACGCCUACUACCCGUCGUCGUACCCCGCCAAGAUGUACGUGGACCAGCUGGACAAGAACGGCGGGGUGAGAGGGUUUCGCGAAGUUCUGGACAAGAAAAAGGAGCCGGCGAGCGAUGGGGACAGCGAACCGGUGGACUCGCACAAGCAGCUCCAGGCGGACAUCGUGAGGGCGGCAAAGAGCCUGAGGACUCCGACGAGAACCUUGGAGGACGCCUCCAAGAAAGACGAGUCGCCCCCGAGUCCCGUUGCGGAGAGGGCCGGCGAGGCCGUGGGACCGCCGCCGGGGGGCGACGCGACAAACGAGCCUGGACAUGAGUCCCGGGUGGCAGCCGCGGUCAAGGAUCUUCGGCCUCCGUCUUUGCACCUUCACAACGACUCGGCCACUCUGCAGCUCAUCGCCGGGGAGAAGACCGCCUUCUAGAAAAGGACUGGAACGCUUCGGACUGACGUCGUAGCUUUAAGGACGUUCACAACUUUUUAGAAGAAAAUUUGGGGGGGGGACCACAGGCAACUAACAUGUUCGCCUCACAUCGCUAAAGUUGUAGGUUCGAGUCCCAGCUCCGAGAACCCGCCUUCGGGUUAAUGCGAGUUGCCGGCAGUGCACGAAUGUUUUUGUGGGGCUUUUUCCGCUCAGAUUAAUAUUCAUACGUAAUGGAAGACUAUAAAGUCUUUCCCUCAUGCUUGCGGUAAAAUGUGUCAAAUUCAAAAUAAUAUACAAUGUAAAAUAAUGUUAAAUAUAAUAGAAACGUAAAUAUAAUCACCUGCGUAGUCAGUUUGGCCGAACGCUAACAAAUACUGUGGAACACCAGAGACGAGCCUUAAAGCAACACACGCAGACAAGCAAUACUCACAAGCAUACUUUUUCUUUCUUUGUUUACAUACAGCAAGUUCCGUCAUUGUGGCUUGCGUCCAUGUAUCGCUAUAUGGAUGUAAAAUACUGCCCCCAGGUGGACAAAGUACACAGACCGGAAGGAGCAGCUCAAUGUCCAUUGAAUUGAGUAAAAAAACAAAACAUGAAAUUCUUUGGGGUUUUUUUAUUAUUAUUCUUAUUAUUAAAUGUAUCUUUUUCUAAAGUA